CAGGAUUUCUACAAUUGGCCUGAUGAAUCCUUUGAAGAAAUGGAUAGUACAUUAGCUGUUCAGCAGUAUAUUCAGCAAAACAUAAGGGCAGACUGUUCCAACAUUGAUAAGAUCCUUGAACCUCCUGAAGGCCAGGAUGAAGGUGUGUGGAAGUAUGAACAUUUAAGACAAUUCUGCCUUGAGCUCAAUGGACUAGCUGUCAAGCUUCAGAGUGAAUGUCAUCCAGACACAUGUACUCAGAUGACAGCAACUGAACAAUGGAUUUUUCUUUGUGCAGCUCAUAAAACUCCCAAAGAGUGUCCUGCUAUAGAUUACACCAGACACACACUUGAUGGAGCUGCGUGUCUUCUGAAUAGCAAUAAGUAUUUCCCCAGCAGGGUUAGCAUAAAGGAAUCUUCUGUAGCCAAAUUAGGAUCGGUGUGCCGAAGGAUUUACAGAAUAUUUUCACAUGCUUAUUUUCAUCAUCGGCAGAUAUUUGAUGAAUAUGAAAAUGAAACUUUCUUGUGUCAUCGGUUCACUAAGUUUGUGAUGAAGUAUAAUCUGAUGUCCAAGGAUAACCUGAUUGUACCGAUUUUGGAAGAAGAAGUGCAAAACUCAGUGGCAGGGGAGAGUGAGGCAUGACGUGGAUGGUAGUACAGAAGUCUAUACCGAAUACAAACAAAACAUUAAUUAUGUACUGUAUAUAUCAUUUUAGACACUUCAAUCACGUAUCCUCAUAGCUUUUAGUAUACUUUUUGUAUGCUGUGUGCAUUGCCUUUUAAUAUGGGAAAUACUUUAAGUUAUUCAUGAGCUGUAUAUUCAUCAAUGUGGCACUCAUGGUUUUUAAAUAAAAGUAGUAGUAUCUGUUUAUAAUGCCUGUUAAUAAAAGAAUUUACAGUUCUUUAAAAUUGCUGCUAAACAAUCAUUGAAUCACAAUCCUGAAGAUGUGUCAGAUUGGGUGGGGAAAAAGCAAGAUUAACAUUACACAGCAAGCCAUUUUUUAAUGCAGUAGCUAUGCUAGUUCAAAGAUUAUCACCUUAAAUAUAUAAUUCUGCAGGAAGCUGUUUGCAGUGUAGCUUAUCCCUAAUUUAGCUUUUAUUUUUUUAAGAUAGCUUUUGAAGAUUUCCUUUUGGAUGUGCAUAUUCCUGUAUGUGUAUAUCCAAACAAUAAUAGCAUCUAUAGAAUUAGUAAUACCUAAAGGAUAAUUUUACUAUGCUGUUGAACGUAUAUAUUCUUGAUAUAUGUCUAACAUACUUUCUGGACUUUUUGUUUUGUUACCAGUGGAGGCUUGUGUACAGCAGAGGGUGGUUUCUGUCCUGCUACAACAGACCUCUGCUGUUCUCCAGUCCACACGACUUCUCUACAGACUAACUGUGGCAGGAAACUCAAUGGCUUAUACUUGUACAUAUUUAUGGCAAUGGCUUACAAAUUAUACCUCACAUAAAUAUUCACAUUACACUACACAACCCGCUAGCAUAGUAUUUGCUUAUAUUUUUAGUAAAAACAUUAAGUACUUGAAAAAUUGAACCUGACUCCUUGCAGGAGCUAAUCAUGUUUUCAACAUAAGUUAAUUGUUUUUCUUAAUUCACCUGCAUUAUAUUCUUUGACAGAAAGAUUUGGAUUCACACUACUUCUGUUCCCUUUUAGACGUUUAUUUCAAGUUCUCUUUGCAGAUUUGCAAUAACUGACAAUUUCCAUGAGUGCUGCUUAAUUGUUAUGUCUAGAAUGAUAGAAUUAAAUGUUGUAGUGUUAAUAUAGCAGAGACAUACUGUUAAGUGUGCAUGAAUGCAGGGUCUAAAAGCACUAGCAGAGUUCUUAUGUGAAAUGAAUUUUGCUUAUCUGUUCAAAAAGGUAGCUGGUUGUUUGUCUUGGAAGUUGCCGGGGGCCUCUUCUAUUUCUUUAAGCAGGUCAGAACGGGCUAAGCAAGCUCGUUUCUGUAAAUUACCCUUUAAGUUAUGCUUAGCUGGACAGAAGGGAGUUCACCUAUUUUUAAGAAGUCUUUUUUCAUAAUAUACUAAACAUGCCUUAAAUUCUAUUUUUCUUUAUACAAAUCAAGCACACCUCAAGCAACUGUACCACCUGGAUGUAAAGGGAAUUUAAACAAUGAGAAAAUAAAGAGACUAAACUUCUGAAGUACUUCAGCAGCUGUGUUCUUCAGCAGCUCUUUUGUCUCAUGUUUAUCAUUGUAUUUAAAACUGUCAGCAGGGUAAUUGCAUGAGAUGUCUGAGUGAGCGUAGCUUUAGUUAUUGUCUGUACAGUUAGCUAUAACUUGCCUUGUAUGGACCAGAUUACUUGAUUUUGAUAGAUAUCUUGAAGCUUGUACUGCAGGUAGGAGAAAGACUAUUUUGGAAGUAGUCAAUUUAUUUAGUUCUGUUACACUCUGCUGUAGGACCAUUCACGGUGUGUUCUUUAGUACAGUCACGCGGCAUGCUUAUACUGGUCAUAGUGACUGAGACAGGCAAAAACCUGUAACUGGUGUUGCUAAUUACAUCUCCUCUACAAAAUUGAAGAAAAUGUGGUGCUCAGGACUGCAUUAAAAUUUUAAACCUCUUUUCUUCUUAUGCUUUAAGAGUUUCACUUCAAAACAAAACUCUGGAAGCUUUAAUCCUGUUUAUUCUCAUUCAGAUUUGCACUGUAAAAUUGACUUGCUCUACUAUUGAUUUUAUAUAAGGCCUAAGUGAAACACUGCUUGUAUUUUCCCUUGCUGUUGUUUACAUGAGUAUGGUGUACACACAUGUGCCUGAAUGGUACCAUAAAACUUCCUUUUGCCUAAGCAAACCAUUGAUUUGUCGAGUAAAUACAUGAACAGAUUUAACUUACAAUCUACAUAAUAGGGAAGGCAAGACUGUCUUUGAAAUAUAUUGUAAAAAAGGAAAAAAAUUAAAAUUAAACUGUUUCUUUAUCCAUACCGCUAUGUUUUGGUAAGUGAUUCUCAUUUUUCAAGUCGUCCAAAAACAGGCAACUGAGUGCUUCCAAGACAAAAUGCGGUGCUCUCCCAUCUCUGCUACAAGGCGUGCUGAUGUGCUAUUGCUUCUUUCAAAAGCAGAGAAAUACAAUAUUCAUUAGCACCUUAAGGUCAGACCUCAAAUUCAUACAUGGCUCAACUCAGAAAAUGCUGGUUCUACAAUUGAAGAGUUAGUGAGAUCUACAAGAGGGCCUUUCAAAUACUCCAAGCAUGUUAUGGGCAGUGUGUCACAGCUAAAAUGGCAUGUCACAAGCAAAGGCUAAUUUUCAAAUAACUUGCUUAUUAAUUAUUUUUCCCGCUUGCUUUAAUGUAUCUUGCUACAAGUCAGCCCCAGUGAUUUUGCUGCUGAGAUUUUUAUUCUCUUAAUGUUGUCACAAGCUUCUGCUUAAAAAAUCAAACAUGUCAUCAGCCCAGUUUCUCUAAACCACUUUGUCUCAAGUUUGUCCCAAAGAAUAUUCACCACUUCAGUUCAUACCAUUCAUCUAAAUUUUGACACAGGAACUUGGCUUUGAAAAUUCUCAAUCCUAACACUUGUAUUCUAUAAAUUAAACCAUAGCCAACUCUCAGAACAGUGACCCGUUUUUUAUUACUUACAGAACAUUAAUAUACAACAGAGAAGUAAACUAAUCAGCUAAACUAAUCAGAAGUAAACUAAUUUAAUAGAUGAUUAAAUCUAACAAUCUUUGCCUUGUGAGCUGUAGGUAUGUACUGACAAGACUCACAAAAAUAUAAUUGAAGGAAGUUAGACAUUGAUCUAAAGAAUGUAAUGCCAGUGUGAGACAGACGUAAUGAAGGACAUUGAUAGCCGAUUAAGUGUUUUUAAUGAUGAGAAUUUUCCUAUCAGAAAUAUAGACCUUAGCUUUACAA